AUGUUCUAUCUGAGUAAUAAAAAACACAUAAAGGAAUUUCUCAGCUAUUGCAAAACAAAAUGUUUUAAUUCACUACUAAUUAAUAAGAAUGAUUAUUUACUCAAAGAAAACGCAACUUGGAAAAGUAACUUAUAUCAUCUGUACAAGAAAAGGGACAUAAAUCCUUUUGUGGAAUUAAUAAAAGCUUCUCUUUUCAUAUUUAAAAGAAAAUACCUAAGGAAUAAAGUAUUAUCAGAUACAAAUAGGAAAACAUUUAAUUCUUAUGAACAUAACAGUUUACUGUACUCAGAUAGUGUAUACAAAGAAAUUUUACUCUGUAUGAAAGUACUGCAUUAUAAGGAGGAAGAAGUUGAUCGUGACUUAAAUAAUCUACAUGAUCAUUUUAAUACAAUAAAAAGUGGAAUAGACCCAUAUAUGUUAUGUGAAAAUAAAAUUAAAAAUAUUGACGAAUAUAUAUAUAAUAUCAUUAAGACAGAUUACAAUAAUAUCGAUGAAUUUAUUACAUAUAUUUAUUUAUAUCAAGGAAAAAAAUUUAGAGUUAUUUUAAGUAUUUUAUUAAAAAAUAUUUUAUCCUAUGUAGAUAAUAAUAUAUCUUCAAAAAAUAAUUUUAAAUUUAGAAAUAUUCAAAGAAAUAGCUCUAAAUUAAUUGGAAGUAGUAAAAAUUCUUUAUCAAAAAAAAAAUUAGCCAUUAUCAAUUCACCAAUUAAUAAUGUAUCAAAAAAAAAAAUAGUAGAAAAUCAAAAUAAAAUUAUUGCCGCAUCAGAAAUUAUCCAUAUGGGUUCUCUAUUGCAUGAUGAUGUAAUUGAUGAAUCAACUAAAAGAAGAGGAGCUUUGGCAUUACAUAAAAAAUAUGGAAAUAAAAUAUCAAUCUUAUCAGGUGACUUUUUAUUGGCUCGUGCAAGUUCAGUAUUUGCAGGUACAGGAUCUCCAAAAAUUUGUAGAAGGUUUGCCUAUGUUGUAGAAAGCUUAAUAAAGGGCGAAUUCUUGCAAACAAAUUUGAAAUAUAGAAAUAUAGAAGACGCACUAAAAACAUAUUUUAUAAAAACAUUUCAUAAAACAGCGUCUCUUUUUUCUCAUUUAUUUGCUUGUAUAGCUAUUCUUUCUUUCAAAAAUGAAAAAAUCACUGAGUUAUGUUUUAAUUUAGGAUUACAUAUAGGUAUGGCAUUUCAGUUAUAUGAUGAUUACUUAGAUUAUAAAGUAGAUUCUAAUACUAAAACACCUAUAUUAAAUGAUUUAAAAAAUAACAUAAAAACUGCUCCAUUAUUAUUUAGUUAUAACUACAACCCAGAGAUUAUAUUAUCAUUAAUUAAUAAAAGAUCUCUUACAGACAGUGAUAUUAAUAAUAUAUUAUUUUAUAUUAACAAAACAAAUAGUAUGAAAAAAAAUGAAUUAUGUUCUUUAUUACAUAUAAAAAAGGCUUCUGAUAUUUUGUCUUCACUCAUUUCUUAUUGCAGAACUACGAGAAAUGUGGAAAUAGCUAAUUCUGAAAAAAACGAAAUAAAUCAGAGUAGGGAAGCUUUAAUCAACUUAGUAUUAAAUAUAUUAUCACGUAAUACAAAGUAA